CAAAGAACUCUAAAAUCUCUUCAAAUUCUUCAUUUCUGCUUGUUAAAUCUAUAACUAGGGUUUAAUCAGACGAAAAUUGACUUCAUUUUCGAUCGGAGAUGGAUUCCAGCGCAGUGACGACGGCAAUGAGAUUCACGUUAGGUAGACAGUCAUCUAUGGCGCCGAGUUUCCAGAUCAGCGAUGAAUCUGAGGAAUUAGUGAGCGUUGAUGAAGAUGAUAUCGAUCCAGGAGUCAGACUGAUGUAUAUGGCGAAUGAGGGAGAUUUGGCUGGAAUCCGUGAGCUAUUAGAUUCGGGAUUGGAUGUUAAUUUCCGAGAUAUUGAUGAUAGAACGGCGUUACAUGUUGCCGCUUGCCAGGGUUUCAGCGAUGUUGCUGAACUGUUAUUGGAUAAUGGUGCAGAUAUUGAUCCUAAGGAUCGUUGGGGAAGCACGCCGAUUGGAGAUGCUAUGCAUUAUAAGAAUUAUGAUACAAUAAAACUUAUGGAGAAACAUGGCGCAAAGCAUCAGGUGAUUUCCAUGCAUGUCGAUCAUGGUCCAGUACCAGAGUAUGAAAUAAAUCCGAAUGAACUUGACUUUACAGAGAGUGUUGAUAUAGCAAGGGGAACUUAUUGUAUUGCAUUGUGGCGUGGAAUUCAAGUUGCUGUGAAGAAGUUAAGGGAGGAUUUGAGUUUUGACGCAGAUAAAGUAAGGGCAUUCAGAGAUGAGCUUGAAUUGCUUCAGAGGAUUCGACAUCCAAAUGUUGUCCAGUUUCUGGGUGCUGUUACUCAAAGUAGUCCAAUGAUGAUCGUGACAGAAUAUCUUCCCAAGGGUGAUCUUCGUGCAUUCCUAGAAGCCAGAGGACCUUUAAAAGUCAGAAGUGCUGUGAGAUUUGCGCUUCAUAUUGCAAGGGGAAUGAAUUACUUGCAUAAGAACAAACCCGAAGCCAUAAUUCACCGCGACCUUGAGCCCUCGAAUAUUUUGCUGGAUGAUUCUGGGCAUCUGAAAGUUGCUGAUUUUGGAGUUAGCAAGUUUUUAAGAAUCACAAGAAGAAUCAAAGAAGAAGAAGAAGACAAGCCAUUGAAUGGUCAUGACUCCUCAUGUAGAUAUGCUGCUCCAGAGGUUUUAAGAAAGGAGGAAUACGAUACAAAAGUGGAUGUUUUCUCCUUUGCUCUUAUUUUACACGAGAUGAUUGAAGGCUGUCGUCCAUUUUCUAGCAAAGAAGACAAUGAAGUUUCUAAAUUCUACGCUGCAAAAGGGCGACCACCCUUUAAAGCUCCGGCCAAGCAUUAUUCACAUGGACUUAAAGACCUGAUUGAAGAAUGUUGGAACGAGAAACCAUCCAAAAGACCUUCAUUUGAGAAAAUCAUCCUCAGGCUUGAACACAUUCAAAGGAGCCUCGGUCACAAGAGGAGCUGGAAGGUUAGAACCUUGAAAUGCUUCUACCAGGACAACGGAAGCAUUGGAAGCCACGGAAGCUAUUCAUCGCGUUCAUCUUGAAGCUCGAACUUUAUAAAGAUGGCAAUGGAAUUGUAAGAUAUCGAUAUUAUCUUGAUCUUUUUAGUGUUGAUUGAUGUGACCAGUCAUGUAUUCUUUCAUAUAUAAUUGUAGAAGGAAGGGUAUUCAAGUAUUCUUUUGUGUACAUUUUAUAAUUCAUUGUUACAAAACAUGUAUCUUAAUUAUGAUCAAAUGUAUCCUAUGUUAUAUAAACUUUUUUU